AUGCUUUUUUCGCACUUAGCUGUCUUGGCCAUAACCUCUCUUGGGCUGACCAACGCCGUCGAGUUGUCUGGCCAUGAAUAUAUAGUUAUCGGAUCAGGCGCCGGAGGCGGUCCAUUGGCAGCGCGCCUAGCUCUCGCUGGACAUAAGACAUUGCUUAUUGAAAGUGGCGACGAUCAAGGAAAGAACAUCAACUAUACAGUGCCAGCAUUUUCAGCCAAGGCAUCGGAAGAUGAAUCUCUGGCGUGGAAUUUCUAUGUGCGGCACUAUACAGAUGAUGACCGACAGGCUCUAGAUUACAAGACAUCAUAUGAGACCCCGGAAGGUCAAUUGUACACCGGACUCACUCCACCGGAGGGCUCAAAGAUGAAAGGCACACUUUACCCCCGAGUUGGAGGCCUUGGAGGCUGCACGACGCACAACGCCCUUGUCGCCAUUUACCCACAUGAAUCUGACUUCGAGUAUCUUGCAACACUCACUGGAGACAGCAGCUGGUCACCCCGGAACAUGCGCCGAUACUUCAAGCGGUUGGAGAAUAACCAGUAUCUGCUCCCAUUGAUUGCUGGCCACGGAUACGAUGGCUGGUUGAGCGUUGGUACAGCACCCAUUAAUCUUGUUCUGCAAGACCCCAAGCUACUGAGCUUGCUCCUCGGCGGUGCCUUUUCUUUGGGCAAUAUCACUGGCUCGGUGUUCAAUUUGGCCACACUUCUAGCUGGGGAUGCUAACGCAGACUCAAAGCACCGCGACACUACCCCUGGAUACUACCAAGUACCCUCGUCCGCCAACGGUGGUGUUCGCAAUAGCCCACUUGAAUUCCUGACUGCUGUCCGGGAUGCCAAGAACCCAGACGGAUCGAAGAAAUACCCUCUCGAUAUUCGAAUGAACUGCCACGCCACCAAGGUGACCUUUGAUGAGACCGUGAGCCCGCCACGUGCAACUGGAGUGGAGUUCCUCGACGGGCAAUACCUCUACAGUGCCAGUCCUCGCUCCAAAACCGCCGGCAAGGGAACACCUGGUUCCGCCACUGCAUCGCGUGAGGUCAUCGUCGCCGGCGGUGUAUACAAUUCGCCUCAACUGCUGAAACUGAGUGGCAUCGGCCCAAAGGAAGAAUUAAAGAAAUUCGGCAUUAAAGUUAUUUCUGAUCUGCCCGGUGUAGGUACAAACCUACAAGAUCAUUACGAGGUCGCCGUUUCUGCGCACGCUCCCACAAAUUGGACUAUUCUGAACGGAUGCACUUUCGGCGAAAAGGAUGAUCCUUGUCUGAAACGCUGGGAGAAUCCUAUUCUAGGAGACCGUGGUUCCUAUUCGUCUUCUGGAUUCAUAGGAGCUAUGUUCUACAAGAGUUCCGUCACCGCAGACGAUGGCUACGAUGCUUUCAUCUUUGGGGGGCCCAUCAACUUCCGCGGUUAUUUCCCCGGAUAUAGUGUGAACAUUACUGAGCGCCAUGACUGGUACACCUGGGCUAUCUUGAAAGCACACCCGCGCAACCAGGCUGGGUCCGUGACACUCCGCUCAGCGGAUCCACUUGACAUGCCUGAUAUUGCUUUUAAUUACUUUGAUACGGGUUCCGGGGACUAUGAGAAGGAUUUAACGGCAAUCACUGAAGCUAUUGGAGUUGCUCGUGGGGCCUUCGAUCGCCAGCUAGUCCCCUUGUCUGAGGUACUCCCCGGUGAAGAUGUGAAGACCGAUGAGGAAAUUCACGACUACAUCAAAAAUACUGCUUGGGGUCAUCAUGCUUCUUGCACUUGUCCUAUUGGAACUGAUGAUGAUCCCAUGGCGGUUUUAAAUUCUGACUUCCAAGUGCGCGGUGUCUCUGGGCUUCGUGUUGUGGACGCUUCUGUUUACCCCCGUAUUCCUGGGACGUUUACCGCUGUUUCCACUUUCCUGGUUGGUGAGAAGGCCGCGGAUGUGAUACUGGAUGCUGUGAAAUCCAAUAAAUAA